UAAAUCAGCUUCGAGUACGUACCGGUACGAGCACUACUACCAGAGACACACUUUCUGAUUCCAUCUCUGCCCAAAAAAAGACGACCCACCCUCAUCCACCAUGGCGGACAUCUUCUUGAUCGUCGCCACAUCGGUGGCCUUUUUGUUGAUGCUAGUCAUCGCCAUCUAUUUGUUGGUUUAUUACUCUCAUCCCGACGAUCGCAACGAUGCCUACUUUCCGAAGCUGGUCGUAAUCAUAGGAAUCAUGCUCACGGGAGCCACCUGUCUGCUGCUGCCCCUGGACGUCGCGAACAACGAGGGAUACGCCGGUACGUGCAGUACUCGUAUUUUUCGAUGCGUAAAAAGAGUACGGUACGGUACCCGGACCGUACUCCUCGGUACCAGUACAUUCCGUGAUUUGAUGGAUUUGUUUCAAUUUUUCAAAAAAGGAUCUUCACGAAGCAUUCCUAUCCUCCGGCAGCGCGACAACAAAUGGAUUUCGAUUGAUUCUGUCGAAUGAAACGGAAUUGAAAUGGAUUAGGAAAGGAAAAUAAUGAGGUGAUGCAACGUGAUGCAUAAUGAGAGUGCAUACAGCACAACCUACAUUGCAAUAGUCGCUUUGGCUUUGUCUUGUAUCUCACGCGAGCCUUUCAUUCAACACACCAUGCCUCACAUUGCUGUUUGUUGCCAUGUUCUACUUUCAAUCUGAUCAAUGAAACUUAAUGUGAUGUCUGUCAUACCAUGCGCAGGUUGUGACGGAUACAACACCUCGCUCUGCGGCGGACUGAACAUGACCCUCUUUUGGGACAUUUUCUUCUGGUUGAUCCCCGUCUGGGUCUUCUUGAUGAUCCCCUUUUCGACCUUUUUUUACGAGGCCGACGACGGCAUGCUCAUGGCCGGAACAUCCGUCGAUCCGAACCCCGUCAAGAAGUCCCGUAUCCUAUCCGCCCUGGGCUACACCACCGGCGUGGUGGUCUUCAUCACGGUGUUGUACGUUGUUGCCUACAUGACCGCCUCGGAGGCUUCCAUCAGCGUGCAAGACUACAUGGGAAACGAUCUGGUCUCGGCCUCGGCCCUCGGAAACGACCGCCGGGGCGUCGUCAUCACCAAGACCUCCAUCGGUGCCAGUGGAAACUUUACCACCGCCCAGCUCGCCGAAAUGGAGGGAAACCCCUACGAUCAGGCGUACGCGAGCACAGUCGAGAACAUGGGCUCCGACACGCUGGUCAUGCAGGUUAGCAUCAGCACCUUUUUUGCCGCCCUCAUGGCCUGGCUGGGGUGGUUUCUCUUUGCCGUCUUUGGGGGCAUCGGCAUGGCCUCCAUGCCGCUCGAUCUCAUUCUGGUAUUCAAGAACCGGCCCCGCAACAUGGACGCCGUGGAGUACGCCGAGGCACAAAAGUCGCUCCGGGAUCGGGUUAACGAACUGGUAGAUAUCGGGGAGCUCAUCAAGAUCGAGCGCGCGAACAACCCGAACAUGGGCACCGUUGGCGGGAUGGGGGGCUACUUCAGCGCCGAAAAACGCAAAGAAGCACGGAUCGAGCGGCAGGCCCUCCUUGAAUUCAAGCAGGGUGUCUACCUCCUGGAGCAGGACGUGGAAGACUUCAAGGCCUGCACGUCCGAUUACGAUAACUACAACCCUCUCCGGCCCUACAUUGCCCUCUUUCUGGGGAUCUGCUCGAUCGUGAUCUCGCUAGUCUGGAUGGUCCACAUUGCCGUGUACAUCCUUCCCACCCCACCCCUGACGCCCUUUUUGAACUCCUACUUUGCUUGGUUCGACAAAUGGUUUUCCCUCUUCGGUGUGCUUAGUGUGGCUCUAUUCACCGUAUACCUGCUGUUUGCCGCCGUGACGGGGUGCUUCAAGUUUGGCUUGCGGAUGGCCUGCAUCCAGCUCCACCCGAUGGUUCUCGGUAAGACGUACAUGUCUUCGUUUUUGUUCAACACAGGCCUAGUCCUGCUCUGCGCCCUCCCGGUGGUCCAGUUUUCCGCCCAGGCCUUUUCGGACUACGCCAGGAACUCGACGAUCAACCAGAUUUUCAACGUCCAGAUCGAGAACCUGACGUUUUUUGGCUGGUGGUUCACCCAGAAGGUCUUUGUGUACAUUUUCUUUUCCUUUGCCGGCCUGACCAUGCUUUACCUUCUGGUGAAACCAAAGGAAACGGGCCCCUCGGGUGUCGACCUCCGGGACCGGUUGCGAUCGAGGAAGGGUUGAGCAAGCACUUCAAGCAAUCAUCAGCGAGCAAACCAACCAUCCGGGAAAACGAAGAAAAGUUUCGUAAGGAAACGAAAAAAUAGAAAACUAUUGCAUUGCACUAGGCGGGAACACAUAGCCGAGUAGGUUGUCCCCUCAUUGCGACUUUGAUCCAGUGUCCACUACGGUACGACAAAUGUACUGUGAAUACACGCGUCACAAUUAUCUUGUACACUAUCUCAGCAACUACAUAAUAAUUUUGCUAGUAAAAAACUCCUUUUUAA